ACCUGCAUAACUUUUCUCCUUCUAGUCUGGGGCUUGCCCCCUUUUCUGUUUCAACCACUGCGAGUCUGGCAGUUCAAUGACUAACAACCUAGCGACGAGUGGAGCACGGCAGCAGACAUGCCGCUCGAUCCCGGGAGUUAAGAGGCGGAGUCUGAUGAAACGGGCCAAUUAAACCGGAGCCCCAGCCGUGAAGCCCGGAUGGAGGAGGCUGGGUGGAGGCGUGGGAGCCGGCAAACGUGAAGAGCUCUCCGGCUUCUGCUGUACGGCAGCCGGGAUCUGGAUCUGGUAGAGUACUCUCCUGCAGCUGAAACAUGGGCGGCAAAAAUAAGAAACACAAGGCGCCAGGAGCUGCGGCGAUGCGGGCUGCGGUGUCUGCUUCCAGAGCCAAAAGUGCAGAGGCCGGAGCUGUUGGGGAAGCCCAGAGCAAGAAGCCGGUGGCCAGGCCGGCGCCCGCCGUCCCCACCGGCGCCCGGGAACCCCGAGUCAAGCAAGGUCCAAAAAUUUAUAGUUUUAAUUCUGCAAAUGAUUCCGGUGGCUCUGCAAAUCUGGACAAAUCUGUUUUGAAAGUGGUGAUUAACAAUAAACUAGAGCAAAGAAUUAUCAGUGUGAUCAAUGAGCACAAAAAACAGAACAAUGGCAGGGGAGCGAUUUCCGGAAGACUGUCUGCUAAGAAGCUGCAGGAUUUAUACAUGGCUUUACAAGCAUUUUCCUUUAAGACUAAGGAUAUUGAAGAUGCUAUGACCAAUACACUCUUGCAUGGAGGUGACCUUCAUUCUGCCUUGGAUUGGCUCUGCUUAAAUCUUUCAGAUGAUGCACUUCCUGAAGGAUUCAGUCAAGAAUUUGAAGAGCAGCAACCUAAAAGUAGGCCAAAGUUCCAGUCUGUACAAAUACAAGCUACCCUUUCACCUCCACUGCAGACGAAAACCAAAAGACAAGAAGACCCUAAAAUUAAGCCAAAAAAGGAAGAAAAACCCAUGGAGGUAAAUAUGAAAGAGUGGAUUUUGAGAUAUGCUGAGCAACAGAACGAAGAGGAACAGAGCGAGGACUCGAAAGGCUUAGAAGACGAAGCCAGGUUUGACCCCAACCAACGGUACUUGAGCCUUGCAGCCAGACUUACGGACGCAAAGGAGAGAGCGGCUGCCUGCAAACUAGAAAAAAACAAGCAAGGCCAAAAAGAGGCUCAAGAGAAAAUACGAAAGUUUCAGAGAGAAAUGGAGACUUUAGAAGACCAUCCAGUGUUCAACCCGGACAUAAAGAUUUCAUAUCAACAAAAUGAGAGGAAAAAGCCUCCUCUAGCUACAGAAGGUGAAAGUGCUCUAAACUUUAAUUUAUUUGAAAAAUCUGCAGCUGCUACUGAAGAAGAAAAAGGUAAAAAGAAAGACCCUCAUGAUGUAAGAAACUUUGACUACACUGCUCGAAGCUGGACUGGAAAGUCUCCCAAACAAUUUCUUAUCGAUUGGGUCAGGAAGAAUCUUCCCAAGAGUCCAAAUCCUUCCUUUGAGAAGGUUCCAGUAGGUAGAUACUGGAAAUGUAGGGUAAGGGUCGUCAAGUCUGAAGAUGAUGUGCUUGUUGUAUGUCCUACAAUCUUAACAGAGGAUGGCAUGCAAGCUCAGCACCUGGGAGCCACACUAGCCCUUUAUCGGCUAGUGAAAGGGCAGUCUGUCCAUCAGUUACUCCCUCCCACGUACCGGGAUGUUUGGUUGGAGUGGAGCGAUGAAGAAAAGAAAAAGGAAGAACUCAAUAAAAUGGAAACCAAUAAACCGCGGGAUCUUUUUAUUGCCAAGCUUUUGAGUAAGGUGAAACAGCAGCAGCAACUACAGCAGCAGCAGCAGCAGCAGCAUCCUGAAAAUAAGCAAGAGAGCUCUGAGGGGCCUGAGGAAUCUUGGGAAAACUUGGUUUCAGAUGAAGAGCUUUCUGCCCCGUCCUUGGAGCCGACAAAUGCAGAAGACCUAGAGCCUGUGAGGAACCUCUUCAGGAGGCUACAGAGCACACCCAAGUAUCAGAGACUCCUGAAGGAAAGACAGCAGUUGCCUGUGUUCAGACACCGGGACUCGAUUGUGGAAACUCUCAAGAGGCACCGGGUCGUGGUGGUGGCAGGUGAGACGGGCAGUGGCAAGAGCACCCAGGUCCCACACUUCCUGCUGGAAGAUCUGCUUCUUAAUGAGUGUGGAGCGAGGAAAUGUAACAUCGUCUGCACCCAGCCCCGGAGAAUCUCAGCAGUGAGCUUAGCCACCAGGGUGUCCGAGGAGCUGGGCUGUGAAAGUGGACCCGGAGGAAGGAAUUCUUUAUGUGGCUAUCAGAUCCGGAUGGAAUCUCGAGCUAGUGAAUCUACCAGGCUGCUGUACUGUACAACUGGCGUUUUGCUAAGAAAGCUUCAGGAAGAUGGUCUUCUGACUGACGUGUCUCAUGUCAUUGUUGAUGAGGUCCACGAGAGAAGUGUCCAGUCAGAUUUCCUGCUCGUUAUCCUGAAGGAAAUUUUGCAGAAACGUUCUGACCUACACUUGAUUCUGAUGAGCGCCACUGUGGACAGCGACAAGUUCUCCACAUACUUCACACACUGUCCUAUUCUCAGAAUUUCAGGAAGAAGUUACCCUGUUGAGGUUUUUCAUCUUGAAGACAUAGUAGAAGAAACAGGCUUCGUACUGGAGAAAGACUCUGAGUAUUGUCAGAAGUUUCUGGAGGAGGAGGAAGAAAUUACCAUCAAUGUUACAAGUACAGCUGGGGGAGUCAAAAAGUAUCAGGAAUACAUCCCAGUUCAGAGUGGAGCAAGUACGGAAUUAAAUCCAUUCUACCAGAAGUACAGUAACCGUACUCAGCAUGCAAUUCUCUAUAUGAACCCUCAUAAAAUCAACCUGGACCUCAUUUUGGAACUUCUUGUAUACUUAGACAAAAGUCCUCAGUUCAGAAAUAUUGAAGGAGCAGUACUGAUCUUCUUACCUGGCCUUGCUCACAUUCAACAGUUGUAUGACCUCCUAUCAAAUGACAGAAGAUUUUAUUCUGAGCGAUAUCAAGUCAUAGCUCUGCAUUCUGUUCUCUCGACUCAGGAUCAGGCUGCAGCUUUCGUGCUCCCCCCGCCAGGGGUCAGGAAGAUUGUUUUAGCAACAAACAUUGCAGAGACUGGGAUCACUAUUCCUGAUGUUGUGUUUGUCAUUGACACGGGAAGAACAAAAGAAAAUAAGUACCAUGAAAGCAGCCAGAUGAGCUCUCUGGUGGAGACCUUCGUCAGUAAGGCUAGCGCCCUGCAGCGCCAGGGCAGAGCUGGGAGGGUCCGGGAUGGCUUCUGCUUUCGGCUCUACACAAGAGAAAGAUUUGAAGGUUUUCUGGACUAUUCUGUCCCUGAAAUCCUUCGUGUUCCUCUGGAGGAGCUGUGUCUUCACAUUAUGAAAUGUGACCUGGGCUCUCCUGAAGACUUCCUCUCCAAAGCCUUAGAUCCUCCUCAGCUUCAAGUAAUCAGCAAUGCAAUGAAUUUACUCCGAAAAAUUGGGGCCUGUGAACCAACGGCACCCAAACUGACCCCGCUGGGCCAGCACCUUGCCGCACUGCCUGUCAACGUCAAAAUCGGCAAGAUGCUUGUGUUUGGAGCCAUAUUUGGCUGUCUCGAGCCAGUGGCAACCCUGGCAGCCGUGAUGACAGAGAAGUCUCCUUUCAUCACACCAAUUGGCCGAAAGGAUGAAGCAGACCUUGCAAAGUCAUCUUUGGCUGUGGCCGAUUCAGACCACCUCACGAUCUACAAUGCAUAUCUAGGGUGGAAGAAAGCGCGGCAGGAAGGAGGCUUCCGCUCUGAGAUCUCAUAUUGCCAGAGGAACUUCCUCAACAGAACGUCGCUGCUGACACUAGAGGACGUGAAGCAGGAAUUGAUGAAGCUGGUGAAAGCAGCGGGAUUUUCAUCUUCGACCAGCUGGGAAGGACGGACAGGCCCGCAGGCGCUGUCUUUUCAGGACAUCGCCCUUCUUAAAGCCGUGCUCACUGCUGGGCUGUACGACAGCGUGGGGAAGAUCAUGUGUACCAAGUCAGUGGAUGUGACCGAAAAGCUGGCCUGCAUGGUGGAGACGGCCCAAGGCAAAGCACAAGUGCACCCGUCCUCAGUAAACCGCGAUCUACAAACCCACGGGUGGCUCCUGUUCCAGGAGAAGGUGAGGUAUGCCAGAGUCUAUCUGAGAGAAACGACCCUCAUAACCCCCUUUCCAGUGUUGCUUUUUGGAGGUGACAUUGAAGUCCAGCACCGAGAGCGGCUUCUGUCUGUGGACGGUUGGAUCUAUUUUCAGGCCCCAGUAAAGAUAGCUGUCAUUUUUAAGCAGCUGAGAGUUCUCAUUGAUUCUGUUUUAAGAAAAAAACUUGAAAAUCCAAAGAUGUCCCUUGAAAAUGACAAGAUUCUACAGAUCAUUACAGAAUUGAUAAAAACAGAGAAUAAUUGAUACUGGAACCCAUGGCUAUCUGCUUCUAAAGUUACAACAAAGAUAUAGUCCUGAGAUAUGUGAAGCUCGGCUAUCACAUUAAGUAUUCCAUUACCUGACAUGUCGGUACUAGCCGUUAACCUGAGGAUGGCCGGGAGGGAGACAGCACAUUCUUCCAACAUGGACUUUUCUAGCUCCUUUAUAAUGAUGAUGAUGCUCUAUGUUCUUGCCAUGACAUUUACAAUAAAUUCUUUGAUAAUCA